UCUCCUUAGCGCCCAGUGGAGCCCGGGUGUUCCCGCUUUCCCGGUCGGCUACCUAGCGUCUACGCCGCCGACAUGUCGGGGUUCAGCCCGGAGCUUAUCGACUACCUGGAAGGCAAAAUCUCCUUCGAAGAGUUCGAAAGGCGGAGAGAAGAGAGAAAAACCCGGGAGAAGAAAAGCGUUCCAGAAAAAGGAAAACCAUCACCCCAAGAAAACGCAGAAGUCCCAUCAUCAUCAGGAAUUGACUCUGCCAAAUCCCAGGACAAAGAUGCCAAUGAAGGAGAAACAUCAGAUGGAGUGAGUAAGUCAGUUCACAAAGUGUUUGCUUCCAUGCUCGGAGAGACUGAAGAUGAUGAAGAAGAAGAGGAAGAAGAAGAGGAGGAGGAGGAAACUCCUGAGCAACCCACCGCAGGCGAUGUGUUUGUGUUGGAGAUGGUUCUCAACCGUGAAACCAAAAAAAUGAUGAAAGAGAAGAGGCCUCGGAGUAAACUUCCCAGAGCCCUGAGAGGUCUCAUGGGCGAAGCCAAUAUUCGCUUUGCUCGAGGAGAACAUGAAGAGGCGAUAUUGAUGUGCAUGGAAAUCAUAAGACAAGCUCCUUUGGCUUACGAGCCAUUCUCUACGCUUGCCAUGAUAUACGAGGACCAAGGUGACAUGGAGAAAUCGCUGCAGUUUGAGUUGAUUGCUGCACAUUUAAACCCCAGUGACACAGAAGAGUGGGUUAGGCUGGCGGAAAUGUCUCUGGAACAAGACAAUAUUAAGCAGGCUAUUUUUUGCUAUACAAAAGCUCUUAAAUAUGAACCUACUAAUGUCCGUUACCUGUGGGAGAGAUCAAGCCUGUAUGAACAGAUGGGUGAUCAUAAAAUGGCCAUGGAUGGCUAUAGGCGUAUUUUAAAUCUUCUGUCUCCGUCUGAUGGAGAGCGCUUUAUGCAGUUGGCCAGAGAUAUGGCAAAGAGUUACUAUGAAGCCAAUGACAGCACUUCAGCUAUAAACAUAAUUGAAGAAGCUUUCUCAAAACACCAAGGCUUAGUCUCCAUGGAGGAUGUGAACAUAGCAGCUGAACUGUAUAUUUCCAACAAGCAGUAUGACAAGGCUUUGGAGGUAAUUACAGAUUUUUCUGGAAUUAUCCUAGAAAAGGAAACUUUGGAAGAAGGCACCUCAGAAGAGAAUAAAGCUGCUGAGACUGUCACCUGUUCUAUCCCUGAGAGUGUGCCCAUAGACAUCACGGUGAAGCUGAUGGUCUGCCUGGUGCACCUCAACAUCCUCGAGCCACUCAACCCUCUCUUGACAACACUGGUGGAACAGAAUCCUGAAGAUAUGGGUGACCUCUAUCUGGAUGUGGCUGAAGCUUUUCUGGAUGUGGGUGAAUAUAAUUCUGCACUUCCCCUGCUCAGCGCGCUGGUCUGCUCUGAAAGAUACAACCUUGCAGUGGUUUGGCUUCGGCAUGCAGAAUGCUUGAAGGCCUUGGGCUACAUGGAGCGCGCUGCCGAGAGCUACAGCAAAGUGGUUGACCUGGCCCCACUCCACCUGGACGCAAGAAUCUCACUUUCCAUCCUCCAGCAGCAGCUGGGUCGACCUGAGAAAGCCCUGGAAGCUCUGGAACCGAUGUAUGACCCAGACACGCUAGCCCAGGAUGCGAAUGCCGCACAGCAGGAACUGAAGCUGCUGCUUCACCGGUCUACGCUGUUAUUCUCUCAAGGGAAAAUGUAUGGCUACCUGGACACCUUACUAACCAUGCUGGCCAUGCUUCUGAAGGUCGCAAUGAAUAGAGCCCAAGUUUGUUUGAUAUCCAGUUCCAAAUCUGGAGAAAGGCAUCUCUACCUUAUUAAAGUGUCAAGAGAUAAAAUAUCAGACAACAAUGAGCAGGAAACAUCAAAUUAUGAUGCAAAAGCAAUAUUUGCUGUGCUUACGAGUGUCUUGCCAAAAGAAGACUGGUGGAACCUUCUCUUGAAGGCCAUCUACACCUUGAGUGACUUAUCCCGGUUCCAGGAAGCUGAACUGCUCGUGGACUCCUCACUGGAGUACUACUCCUUCUAUGACGACAGACAGAAGCGGAAGGAACUGGAAUACUUCGGUCUAUCUGCUGCUAUUCUGGACAAAAAUUUCAGAAAGGCAUAUGACUAUAUCAGGGUGAUGGUAAUGGAAAAUGUCAAUAAGCCCCAGCUGUGGAAUAUUUUCAAUCAAGUCACCAUGCACUCCCAAGAUGUAAGACAUCAUCGCUUCUGUCUCCGUCUGAUGCUGAAAAACCCAGAAAAUCAUGCUCUGUGCGUUCUAAAUGGACACAACGCAUUCGUAUCUGGGAGCUUCAAACAUGCACUCGGGCAGUAUGUGCAAGCGUUCCGUGCCUGUCCCAGCGAGCCUCUGUACAACCUCUGCAUCGGCCUCACCUUCAUUCACAUGGCGUCUCAGAAGUAUGUGCUCAAGAGACACGCCCUGACUGUGCAGGGCUUCUCCUUCCUUAAUCGAUACCUCAGCAUACGUGGGCCUUGCCAGGAAUCCUUCUACAAUUUGGGCCGUGGCCUCCAUCAGCUGGGACUGACUCACCUUGCAAUUCACUAUUACCAGAAGGCUCUGGCACUCCCUCCGCUCGUGGUAGAGGGCAUAGAAGCUGACCAGUUAGACCUUCGGAGAGACAUUGCCUACAACAUGUCUCUCAUUUAUCAGAGCAGCGGGAACACAGCGAUGGCUCAGAGGCUUCUCUACACCUACUGUGUCAUAUAAGCCGCGGACCGAGAGAGGUGCGCAGGGACCCAUGUCUUCUAGUGAGACUUUCCAGAUGGUGCCGUCACCACUGCCAGCUGUCACGUUGAGUGCCUGAUUACUGUAUGCACGAGGCCGAGAUUCAAGCCACAAGCCUUUGGAAAACAAAACACUACUCUCAUCUCCCAAGUAUCUGCAGAGUUACCAUCCCUGUGAGGAUGUGCAGAGUACUGUUACCUCCCUUCAGCGUUCUACAGGGAAAUUAUUCCCAGUGCUGAAACGGACACAGUCUCUGAGACAGUUGGAACGGAACGUUAUUUUUCCAUUUAGUGUCUGCUAAGCUCCUGUGUGGGAGACAGACAGAUGUGUUGUCCUCGAGGCAUUGCAGAGUCCACUGCUGAGAGUCAGAACGGAGUACAGCUGUUUUAUCUACUUAUUUUCUUGUGCAGUCUAUCGAACCCAGGUUUGGUACCAUGCUAAGCAAGCAGGUGCUCUACCACUGAGCAAAUCCCCAGCCUUACAGUUCUUCAAGUGUGAACAUACAGUCUCUGCAGGGAGUAAUAGUUCCUGCAGUUCUGGACGGUGCCACUGCUGUCCAGACACACAGUGAAGGAGGGAGAUUACUAAAGGAGAAGCAAAAUUGGAUUCUUACAGUGAUGUAAUUACUUACAGUCAACAUCUAACACAAUUAAAAUGCUUUUAUGGUAGGAAGACAAUGAGUUGAUUCAGUUCACAUUCAUUUCUGAGCAUGUUAGUUUUAGAGUGUGAGCCUUGGGCCUGCGCUUAAUUCGAAGCCCAGCACCCCAAGGAAAACAGUCAGUGCAUCUGGCUUCCCAGUUUCAAUAAAGAGCUUUUGUGGAAAUGCUGUAAUGUAUGAUUGAUUCUAAGACUAGUCCAGUGUUGAGAUUGAAGGUUAAAAUACAAUGGAGACUUUUUUUAGGCGUUCUUAUCCCUCUUUAUACUGCAUAUUCAACUUUCUGAGAAGCAGAAUUUGUAUAUAAUUAGGAAUGCAUCUUGUAUUCUGUGUGUAUUUAUAUAUAAAUAAAUCCUUUUUA